UUCUUCUUUUCUUCUCCAUCUACUCUCUACUCGUUGUGAUAAAUACCCCAACCACGCCAACACUUCCUUCCAACUUCCACCUCAUUCAAACAAUUCCAACAUACUUUUCUUCUCCUUUCUUAAAACUCUCUGCUUUUUUCUCCUUUCAUUCCCAACUUCACUUCUCUCACAUGAAGCUCGCAGCCUCGCUUCUACUAUUCACUUUUGCUUUGGUGUCAACCACCAUCACUGCAUCAGAUCCUGAUCCUCUUCAAGACCUCUGUGUCGCUGACCUUGCCUCAGGUAUUAAAGUGAAUGGAUUCCCCUGCAAAGAUGGUGCGGUAAAUGCCUCUGAUUUCUUCUCAGACAUACUAGCGAAACCAGGUGCCACAAACAACACCUAUGGGUCGUUGGUGACUGGAGCCAAUGUUCAGAAAAUCCCAGGACUCAACACCCUUGGUGUAUCUAUGUCACGAGUUGACUAUGCUCCCGGUGGCAUCAACCCUCCUCACACGCACCCACGCGCCACCGAGAUUGUGUUCGUGCUGGAAGGAACACUCGAUGUGGGAUUCAUAACCACAGCCAAUGUGCUCAUAUCAAAGACCAUCACCAAGGGUGAGAUUUUUGUGUUCCCAAAAGGCUUAGUUCACUUCCAAAAGAACAAUGCAAAGGAACCUGCUUCAGCCCUUGCAGCAUUCAACAGUCAAUUACCUGGCACACAGUCCAUUGCUCUGACCUUGUUUACAGCCACACCACCUGUUCCAGACAAUGUCUUGACCCAGGCCUUUCAGAUUGGUACCAAGGAGGUUGAGAAAAUCAAGACCAGGCUUGCACCUAAGAAAUAAUUUAUCUCUGAAUGUUGUUGUGUUGUCUCUGUCAUUGCUCUUUCACCCUUCUGUCUUCUCCUUGUUGCUUUACGAUUCAUGUUUGUUGCAAAAUCAUAAAGGAAUUUCAAUGUGAGUAAAUGGGGUAUAUUCAUUUCUUUGAUAAAUGAUUGCAUGCUUGUUAUUUUGUUAAUCAAAUGUUCCAUUAGUGGUUC